AUGACUUUAACUGAAUCUAUAUCAAUGGCUGGGGAACAAUCGGUCCUGUUUUUCAGGUCAUUAACGGCUUCAGAUAUAAUGAAAGGAAUCACACAUGGAGUAUAUUAUUCUAGACAUCACUUGAUCCAUUCUUAUUUAAUCGUUCCUGUGGGAAUAGUGGUUAUUUUUACGAUCUUGUAUGGAUUAAACAUAUUCUUGACUGAUGUUAUUCACUUCAGGUUUCCAAGUUCAGUUCUUGGAAUGUUGAUUAACCUUGUCAUAAUUUGCACUAUGAGCGUAUUGUCUGAUUUAGAUCCAGAAGGGAAGAAGGGAAGAACAUUUAAAAAAAUAAGCCAAUGGUCUAACUGGUUAUUGACAAAUUAUUUGAGUUUAAUAAAGCCAUCUAUGAAUUUCACCUUAAAAUGGAUCAACGUUUUUUUCAUUCCUUCCUUUAUCAUAUUGCCAUUGUCGUCUCCAAUUACGUUCAUCGAGUGUCUAAAGAUUGCUGGUGUUUUUGUCGUGGGAUUUCUUCUAUUGCUUUGUAUCGACGUUUAUCUUUUGUUAGGUUUGCAAUGGGUUUUAAGACGAUAUGGCCUUUUAAGUGCAGAGGAAACUACUGCUCAAAGUCAUAAAGAUGACGCAGAAGCUGAAGAAGAGAUAGAGUUGAGGGAUAUGAAUAGUAUCGGAUCGAACCAAGUUUUUACGAGCAUGAGGGAUGAUAUUACAACAAUUGACAUAAGCAGCUUGAGAUCAGUGAACGAGCCAGAAAAAGGAUCUACAAGAGCUGCGACUUUCAGUCAAAGUCCUUUUGAUCCUCAAGAUGGAGAAUCAAGUGUUCUUCAAAGCGUAAAUCCCCAAUCAAUACAACAACCAGAGCCCUCUUACCUCAGAUCUAGUGGACCGUCUGUUUAUCGUCCCCAAUCCGUUGCUACGAGUUUAGGAAGUGUUAUCAGCAGGGAAGAGCAACCUUAUUCAACUGUAUCGGCAUCUUCUGAUUCUACAUCUGAAUCAACCGUUUCUUACGAUUUGAGUGACAAUGCAAAGUUCAUAACUAUAUUCAUCACGAAAUACGUAGAUUGGAUAUUGUACUUGCUAUUAUUUUUUGUUUCACUUCCAUUUUACUAUGUCAGCUCAAUUCAUGUUUUCUUACCUUAUCAUUUAGGAAUUACGGUGAUUUCAUACUAUCUAGCAUUAUUGAUUCCCCAAAAAUGGCCACAAACAAAGAAAUUUGCUCAUCCAAUUUUGAUUCUGACAGCCGAAAUCCUAUUCGUUUGUUUUAUUGGCAGCUUGAUCUAUCAUCAUGGUAAACCAAGGGGUUUUUUAGAUGACUUGGAGUAUUACAAAACCGGAAAAACGUAUCUUAAUUUAUUCAACAAUAAAGCGAUGUUAAAUAACGGAAAAGAGGGCACUUUAUCUCUGGACUUUACUAAAACGCCAAAAUGGCCAGGAUGUGGGGAUAUUUUAUCGUCUUUAAUGGAUGUCUCAAUUGUGGCUUUGUCUCUCCCCAUGUUUUCAUAUAGGAGAGAUUUUGUCCAGAAUUUUUGGGUAUUAAUGCCCCCAAUUGUUGUCUCGAUUUGUCUUACUUUUUUCCUUUAUCCUGUUUUCUGCUAUCAUAUUGGAAUUCAAUCUGAACGUGCGAUUGGCUUCAUUGGAAGAUCAGUGACAUUAGCGUUAGGUACACCUUUAAUCGAUUCGUUAGAUGGUUCAAUUUCUUUGAUGGCCGUCUGUACAAUUCUAAGCGGAAUAUGUGGGGUGUUGGUGGGUGAUACUUUGUUCAAAUUCUUAAGAGUUUCUAAAGGUGAUUAUGUUACUCGAGGAGUUAGUUUAGGAAUUAAUUGUGGGGCAAUAGCUACAGCUCACUUACUCAAUGUUGAUCCAAGGGCCGCUUCGAUGAGCUCCUUAAGCUUCAGUUUUUUUGGAACAGUCAUGGUUAUAUUGGCCGCUAUAGGAUCAAUUAGAGACCUAAUUCAUUCUUGGGUGGGAUUAUAA